CUUUAGUAUUCAUGCAUGCUUUUACAAUUCUUCAAACAGCAGAUUUAUAUGAAAAAUUAUUUAAAGAACUUUUUGCAUGUGUAGAACAAGAUUGUAGAUAUUUAAUUGAGGUUCAACAUAUUCUUGGAUGUAGCAUCAGAUGUAUUUUAGCGGAUGA